GCUGCCGCGCCAGAAGUCCCUAGAUAUCAGCGCCAUGUGAUUGAUCAUCACAACGUCCAUCGCCGCAAUCAUUCCGUUGCCGACAUCCACUGGGACCAGGGCCUCGCCGACACCGCACUGAAGACCGCUAAGACCUGCGUUUAUGCCCACGACGUUGAGAUGGAUGGCGGUGGCUACGGUCAGAACAUCGCCGCUGGCGCCGAGGAGACCAACAUCACCGCCAUCCUCACGGAAAUCUUCUAUAACCACGAGAUGAUGAACUUCGAGAAGUGGUAUGGCUGGGAGACACCCGGCGAUAUCAACGACCACGACGCGUUCAUCGGCUGGGGCCACUUUACACAGAUCGUCUGGGCCGAUACCACGCACGUCGGCUGCGCCACGUACGAUUGUCGAUUCUCUGGCAAGGGGAUCGCUGGUCUAGAGAACGUCAGCAAGGAGUGCUCGCCGUACUUCACCGUGUGCAACUACAAGACGUCUGGCAACUUCCCCGGCCAGUUCAACAAGAUGGUCAACCGCCCCCAGGGCCAUCCUGUCGUGCACUGGGAC